AUGCGACCAACUCGAUUCUAUUCACAGGAUAUUGUCCGGCGAGUCGAUGGCCACUCUGACAACGGUCCUGUUGGAAUUGUCAUGCGACACUGGCUAGACGAAGAUGUUGUCCCUCAUCACCCCGACCCCCUUAUGAGACCACUUCUGCCCAACGAAGUAGGGUGCUCAUUCUAUCGCCCAAGGGAUUCCACUCAGUCUAAUCGCGAGUUCGACCGACAAAUCCUACCCGAGUCGCAACUACGCUUAAUCGACCGGUCCUUCCACCCCGGUGACUUCUGUAAACGAUCUGUGGAGGACACUUAUUCUGGUGUUGUCCUGGACACUCGUGUGCAAGCGAGAUGCGAGCAUGUAAUGACGGGCGAGCGUAUAAAGGGUUGGGUUUCUCUUCAGGACACAGUGGAACGGAAUUAUGCCGAGGUUGGGGAUCUGGUUGCCUACCAAGAUUGGGUUGGUCAGGUUAUCGAGGUAUGCUUCCCACUUCCCAUCACAUUCCACCCACAAAAAUCCUUCAAGCUCUAUGACGAGGUUCUUGUCGAGACUUCUAGUGGCGAAAUCGUCCGAGUCCCUGAAAUCGGCUCUCGUUUGUCUGUGGGAGAGCGUGGCGCGGACAUUCUCCCUCCCCCCGCUUCUGCCGUUCAUAGCAUCUUUGGCUUCAUCCUUGGUAAUAAUCGCCCCAGUCCAACAGACACUUGCCUUGAGGUGACUCACACGGUUUAUGCAAUUACAUGGCUCGCUAUCAGCCAGGAACUAGAGCCAGAGGAAGCUGCCAAGCGACAACGACCACCUCAGUUUUGGAAAGGCCCCGACAUUUCCAAGCUUACUCUAUUACGAUCGUUAGCCGACCUAGAGAUGCGCGUUGGGGAUCGCAUUGUUUUCAAAGACGACAGAGAUGUUCCCUCUACUACUCACGGACUGGAAGGGGCUACCAAGAUGGUUCUGAAGACCUUCAUUGUGACAGAAACGCGAACUUUUGUUGAUGUGUUGUGGCAAGACGGAAGCAAGUCAGAAAACAUCCGGUCUAUCGAUCUCAUUCCAUAUUUGAAUCCAGAUGAAUACGACUGCUGGCCCGGAGACUGGGUCGUUUGGAAUACCGAAGACGGAAGACGGCCUGUUAUUGUUCAGUCUGUUUCCCCCCAACGCACGGCUUCGGUUAGGGUCCCAGAGACAGGGAAAAUAGAGCUAGCUUCCGUUUUGGAGCUCGAUACCCAUGGCGCAUCUGAUACCUUAAUGCUCGAGACCGAUCUCGGUGUACGGAGAGGAGACUUUGUCUUCGUCCAUCCCGACGGCCGCAAUAAUGGCGCUCCCCUCGCCCGCGUUCCGCGUAUAGGCGAGGUAGAGUCUUGGGUUCGUGAUCCCCCACUAAUCGACAAUCAAUUGGCUGGCUUCCGCAAGGACAUGUCCGAGAUGGGGGCUGAUAUUGCCCACCGACGAGCAGCGGAAAGCAUCGUGGAAGGCCUCAUUUUAAGACCCUCACCUGACAACGAAACUCUCAUGUGGAUCGGAGAAGUAACCAACGUCUGUCUUGACGGCACAGUUGACAUCGCACAUCCCAACGGCUCGAGAAGAAAUUACCCGUUACACCGGCUGACCAAGCUCUACGAUGGAAUUGACCAACUAGAGGACGGCAUAUGGGACGAAAUGUCUGAAGGACACCACCCCCCAGAGGAAGAAGAGGGUCAAUGGGAUUGGGCAACCGACAGUGGCUCAGCAGAUGGCUGGGGAAGUAACAGUUACGAAGGACAAAUCCAAGUGCUUGAAAACCAGGCAGCGCCAGUCGAAGAAGACGAGUUUCCCCUUGUCUGGCCCGACUCUAUUGGAAUAUCCGAGUCGGACGUCGACACGCCUACAGAGCUCAGCGCAGAACGCGUCAACCACUUUCCUCACCCUGAUGUGCCUCGGGAUGCAGCUGACGAAUCACCGUUCAUCGAGCCCGUCGACGAAGAGGAUGACUGUUGGAAACGCUUCCAAGUCCUCUCUACCGCACCCGUUGAUCAUGCCUACUACGCCUCACCCCCUGCGCAACCAACCAAGCUGUUUAUGAACCGAUUGUCGAAAGAGUUUCGGGCCCUUGAAAGCAGUUUACCCGGUAUAGACAUAACUCGCCAUCGCGUAACCAGUCCACUGAUGUUUCCAGAUUCAAUUCUCGUGCGCGCCUACGAAGACCGAGUUGACCUCCUCCGCUGUAUGAUCAUCGGCCCCGAGAAUACCCCAUAUUCUGACGCCCCCUUCAUCAUUGACUGGUGCUUGCUUUUCAUCGAGGCUUUGGCUCCAUCAGCUCAUCUACAAGUUCAUAGGAUGCUUGAUUCAAAUUUUCCGCAUAGCCCGCCAAUGGCUCACUUUCUCAGUUGGACAAAUGGUAACGGAAGAGGUGAACAGCCAGCUACAUUCGCCCCUUAUAUAUUGACCAGUCAACAGUCAACCCGUAAACAAAACCCCGUCGCUCUCCAGCGUCUACUGACAAUUUGUGUUAGAAAUCUUUACGAGGAGGGCAAGGUCUGCUUAUCCAUCUUGGGGACCUGGGCAGGGGACAGGAAUGAAAUUUGGAGUGCAGCGCGAUCCUCAUUGUUACAAGCAUUUGUGAGCAUCCAGGGUCUUGUUCUCGUGAAAGAACCAUGGUUUUGUGAGCCCGCCUACGAGAAGCUGCGGGGCACGGAAGAGGGUAUUGUGAACAGCCGACUUUAUAGCGAGAAAGCAUACGUUUUGUCGCGAGGUUUUGUACGUCGCGCGCUUGAGCUGCCGCCCGGUGGUCUCGAGACCGAGAUUGAGUGGCUAUUCUACCGCCACCGGCGACUGGAGAAGGUGAUAGAAGACGCGCAAAUGCUGGUUGAGAAGAGCAAGGCGAAUGUGCCUGAGUCGGAGGAGGACCGGGAGUUGGCGGUUCCUCGGUUGAGUGCGGGUGGAAUAAUAACGUUGGAUCGGACGUUGAACAAACUUGUUAGCUUGAGACGAUCUUGA